AGCUCCCCCGGAAGUGCCCAUGGAUGCAGUUGUCCUCAGGGCUCCAUAUUCUAAGAUGAGACCGCAAUGCUGCUUCGAGACUGAACACCCACCUCCUCCCACCAACACCAACCUCCUCCAGCACCACCACCCUCCCUCGCCGUAAAAACACGCACAACCACGCCUCCAGAGGCACGCGCACAGGCGCAGGCUCAGACACACCUCCUCCUUCCUCUCCAUCACACACACACACUAACACACACACCAAAAAAAGACAUAAGCGAGUGUGAGAGCAUCGCUGGGUGAAGGAGGAAACAUGUAAGGCAGCAUGAAGGACGACUCGUCUCCGGGAGGAUCGCGGCAGGUGCGGUAACGGGUGAAACUGGUGAGGAACGGGUUGCUGCUUCACCAUGUCCACCGCAGAGGAUCCACUCACUGACGAUACGGCUGUGUUGAUCUUGAAUCACACUGACUGGAGAGGAUUGAAGUUCCUUUAAGAUGACCCGAACCCAUCCCCCUGAUAUACUGGCAUCAACUCUGUAUCAGGACUUUUCUCUAAAUCCCCUGUCUGACCACUCCGUUUCUCUCCAGGCCUCUCAGCAAUGUGACUUGAAAAUGAUUGACAAACCGGAAAUCAUUAACAAAAGACACUGCCGCAGCUUUGACUUUAUUGAGUCACUGGAUGACCCCCGGUCCCUCUCUUCCCCCAUGGAGUACCCGUAUAAGAGGACUGAGCAUCAGGCAUUGAACAAAGAUCUCAUGUGGAAUGGACUAGAUCAACCAGGGCACCUCCGCUUUUCAUCUCCUGACCUGUUCAACACCAGACAGUUCCAGCAGCAAUCCAGCCAGGACAAACCCAGUCAUCUAACAUGGUCAGACUCUAAAAAGAGAACAAGAUCUAAAAGUGCUCCAAGAAUCAAGGCCACCCUCACUCCUGUGCCCAUCUCAGUGUCUCCUCCAGGGGCAGGGAAGGGGAGGGAUGCACCCCUGGCUGGGUCAGAUACAGUGAGGACUUCUGAAACAUCACGAGAGACGUAUUCCUCAAACAGGGCUUUUUUGAAUGAUGUGCAUCCUUCCAAACUACAACAUCACACUCCUCUCUAUGUGUCUGACUGUUUUGAGGAGGAUAAACCAGAUAAACCAGCCAUCACUCCUCACGUCAGAUGCCGUGUGGACAUUAAACCAGAUGCUUCUGUUCUGCAGCACACAGCAAGGCAGGUCCCCAAUUUAAGGACUGACCAUCUUUGGCAGAGAUACUCGCAGGCCAGCAGUAGAGGUUUAUAUGUACCUCGACAGAUUGUCUCCUCACCAACGCCCACUCCAAGCGAAUGCUACAGUGGAGACAUUAGAUCAGGAUACCACUAUACCAGCAUGUCUCCUAUCUCUUACCAGCAUUUCGACAUGCACAGGAUGCCGUCGCCAACAGCACCAUAUCUCAGUCAGGAACAAAGAGCUUACUCAAAUCCAAAUAUACCAACCAAGUUUUUCUAUACAGAGGACCCUGUUCGGUAUUCAGUUCAUCCCUACUCUAGAUCAUACUACCAGGAUGAUCGGGCCAGUCUCACCAGCCAUGGUAGUACAAUAACUGGUCCGUAUGAUCCAAGGACUCGCUGGGUGCACACCCUUCCUGUCAGGUCAUUUUACACGGACCAGCCCUCAAACAGGGAUUCAGUGAACUCUGGAUAUAGCAGGCCUUACUCCACUAGUGAGGCAGGAUCAUACUUUUCUCAAACUCCACUGUCGAGAUCCUACUAUGGAGAUGAGAGCCGGUUCAAUCCAUACCACAUGAGUAGCUCACGGUUGUUUUAUCCUAAACCGUACGGCUCCCCAGAGGAGCAGUACUUUCCGAGGCCAUAUCAUACAGAGGGUCGCCCUCGACGCCCUCGAAUGUCACAGGCCUUUUCCGACGACUGGUAUCGCUCAAGCAUAUCUGGUUACUCCAACCAGUCCUCUCAGAUCACACCUCCAAGAAUGGGGCAAGACCCCAGUAUACCGCCUUGGUUUACUAACAGUUGUUUGGAGACCGGCAGACUCGGAGCAGAGGUCAGAAACCACUCCAAGUCUUGGGACAAUAUUCUGUAUCCACGACACGAGAGAGAGCAAUCAGUGCCUCGUGGACGAAGCUACGAGAAUUUGUUCUAUCAAGCGAGGCACGGAGCAUCCUCUGAUGUCACAUCUCAGCCUGUCAUUCUUAACCUCUCAAGUUCACCAAGGCGCUACGCUGCCCUUUCUCUCUCUGAAAACUCUUUGGAGAAGAGCUCAAACAUUCCGUGGAGGAAUACCAAGAGUGGGCACUGGUUUGUGACUCCAGAGAUCACCAUAACCGACAAUGACCUAAGUGCGGGCAAGAACAAGCGGCGUGAUGUGCACUCUGUCAGCUGGGAUAUGAUGGACAGGGAAAAGACACCAUCUCCUAGAGUACUGCCUCAGAAGCAGACAUCUAACAUGACAGAUUCAACCAAAGACAGGAAACACAACAACUUCUCCCUUCAGCAGAGUUUAGAGCAACUGGAUGAACUCCUAGCUGAUUUGGUCAUCGAUUACAAACCACCCACUAGCAGAAAGUCAAGUGAAGACAUUUUAGACCAGCUUAAACAACUAAUUUCUGAAGAUGAUGACAAAGACAGAGGAUCUUCUGGACUUGAAAACUUGGGGAGUCCAAACACACCACUCCCGUCCUCCAAAUCCAGUCCUGACACAAUCAAAGACCCUGACAGUGGAUGUGAUGCUUUACAAAGGAGUGCAGAAGAAUGUUCUCCUGACCACAGCACAGAUGAAGACGACACAAUGGUGUGUGCAAACAAGAAGUGCAACCGGACUGAGAAUAUGUUCAACGCCUGCUUAUACUACAAAUCAUGCCACAGUUGCUACACCUUCUACUGCUCACGGAACUGUCGAAGGGACGACUGGGAGAUCCACAAAGAGACAUGUCUGUAUGGUCGAGUCAACAGUGUGUGUCGGCACUCACUCAAGUUCUGCAGAGAGAAUUCAGAGAUCCACAAAGCCUUCUCUCGGGUUGCCAAAGCUGGCUACCUCUCUAGAGGGAGAGGCGUUCUCUUUCUUGGUUUUGCUAAUCCAGAGACAGCUGAAAACUUCCUGCAAGUUGGGCUGGAGAGCCUCCUCAUGUCUCCCACGUACCUUUCUCUCAGAGAGCUGGACAGCUUCAAGGACAACCUUGGUGAAUACUGCAAGGAACUGCAGCUGGCAGGAAAUGAGUAUGACCCCAAUGAAUGUUUUCUUUUGAAUGUAUCAAUAGCUGUUGGUGAACUAGUGCCUAACAGACCUUCACCAAGGUUCCAAGCACCAACAGUUCGCAAAUAUGCAAAGGUGUCCCUGGCGUCGUCAAGCCCUGACAAAAAGGUGCUCAAGAAGGAGAGUGAAAUGGAAACACUCAUCCUCACUCCACCUCCAGGCACACCGGACAUCGACAAGGAGGGCGAGGAGGGAAGAAAAGCUAGGGAGGUGUGCUUUGUCAACAUCCAGCGUGAGCUCAGGACCAGAGGAGUGUUCCUUCGCCACGAGUACCCCAGUAUCUAUAAUCAGCUGUGUGAGUUUGUAGAGAGCAACAAAAGGUUCACUCCGACUACGAUUUACCCCAUAGAUAAGAGAACAGGGAAACAGUUCAUGUGCAUGAUCAUGGCUGCUUCUGAGCCAAGAACACUGGACUGGGUGGGUACCCCUCAUCUCUUGGAUGACAUUAUAUAGUAAAGCACUAGUUAGUAAUGAUGAUGAUGUCAACUACACUAAAUGUACAUACUGUAAAUACAUGGUGUGGUUAAGCAAACUUGAGAACUGAUAUGGAAAUAUGAUAAUAUACUGUAUGUGACCAAUCUCUCUUUCUUUCACUCUUUUUCUUCUAUUUCUCUGUUACCACACACUCACAAAGACUAACACACACAGAGACACACACAUACAGUGUAUACACAGACUUACAGGUUGUCCUAUAUUGUUAUUGGCUUAUUUUGAUCCUGUUGCACUCAGAAGAGUAAAUAGCCUGCAUGUAGACUAGGCACAAACCCAGUUAUCCAGGUGUUUAAGAUGUGAACAUGUAUGAUCUGUGCGGUUCCAGCGGACAUUGUAUGAAGCACACAAUAUUUAUGUCAGAGACACCUCAUUGCCACCACCAAAUAGUAGGCACAGCCCAUCUCUCAUCCAACUAAUCUAAGACAUCCACUGUUGAUUUCUCUACCAAAUGUUAUGAAAUUUAUAUUAUACCUUGUUGCAGUGGUUGUAAUAUCACAGCUGUUUACUAAAAAAGUAUUAUUUCCAAAGUAUACUGUAGUUGUGUGGAUAUAUUUUGAAUUAAACCUAUUUUAGUUAUUGUUCUGAAAGCUAAAGAAGUACAAUCAGGUCACCUAUUUGUUUCCCCACUUCAUUUAAAAUGUUAGUUUGAACCCAGCUCAUCUCACGAUAAGACUUGAUGUCAUAGUGUAAAUUGCUUUGUUUGAAAGUGGCCUUCAGUCGAUAAAAAAAAAUGCAUUUGACACAAAGCAAUGUAUAGGUUAAGCUAUUUGUAAAGCCUUGACAGCUCUGGGCUUAGGUUGUUUGAAAAACCAUUGUAAAUGAUCAAUUAUUUUGCUCAAAGCAUGUAAUUUAUAUUCAGGUAUUUUAAUAUUGAUAUUGCUUUAAACUAAAGUUAUUAUGUUGAUGAGAAACCAUUUGAUGCUUAGAAAUUUAAGAGGUAUAUAUAUUGAAUAUAAGAUAAUUUGAACAUCAUGAACUUAUUGUAACGAGUAACACUUUACGUUCUUAAAUAAUAUGCAAUAAAAGAGCAACCUUAUUAUCUGUAUUCUAAAAAUUCUAUCUAUAUUCCUAUUUUAUUAUGACAUUGAAUAUUCUCUUGGAGCCAAAAGCUGCAAAGAUUUUGUUUGCACUAAAAACUUAAAUGAUAAAAUGAGAAUGUCUUUAACACAGCUGCAGCACUGAACACAGUUAUGACGAUGACAUGCCUGCUUCUAUUGCCAAUGUUGACUAAUCUAAGGUUGCUCUUUUACUUGAUGAUAUAUAUCUUUGUGCAAGACCUUCCUCAACUUUCUAUUUUGUGAUGUUUAUAACCCAUAUAUAAAUAUAUAAUAAAUGGAAUUUAACAAGCGAU